AGUUGUCAAUUUUACCGUGUUUACCGAUUAAUAUCCCGCUUUACGGAGCAGAAUGAUAUUUUUUUCUAUCAGAUUUUUUUCGUUCGUACAAAAAUUUGUCGAUUGUGUCUAAUUCUAUCAAUAUUGGAGAAGAAAGGACUAAAGUAUUCAUCGUUUCAUGCAAAAACACAUCGAACGAAUCUAAUUCCAUCAACAUUGCAGAAGAAAGGACUAAAAUAGAACAAGGUAGAAAGAGACUCAAUAAAUACAUUUUUAUUAAAAUGUAAAUAAAAAUCAGUAAACUAAACAUUUAAUGAAUACAAAAUCAAGGGACAUAUGUCGAAAGAUUUAAACAAUUUAACGAUAUAUAAAUAGAAACAGAAUUAGAAAAUGGUGAUAUAUGGUGUUUAUAUUGUAUCCAAAUCUGGUGGUUUGAUAUUUAAUCAUGAUCACAAUGUCCCGAAAAUUGAAGUCGAGAAAUCCUUUAAUUUUCCACUCAAUAUUAAAUUAAACUAUGAGAAUAAGAAGGUAGUGGUAGCUUUUGGACAGAAAGAUGGAAUACAUGUGGGACAUGUAUUAACAGCUGCAAAUGGAAUUGCAAUCACAGGACGUGAGCUUGAAGAUGGAAGAGAUAUUCUAGAAAUGUUGGAGCAACCAGAAAAUUUUCCUAUAACAUUGAAAUUUAGUCGAGCAAAAAUGACGACAAACGAGAAGAUAUUUUUAGCUUCAAUGUUUUAUCCUCUUUUUGCAAUAGCAAGCCAACUGAGCCCGGAACCACGAAGUUCUGGGAUUGAGAUUCUUGAAGCAGAUACAUUUCGUUUAUAUUGUUACCAGACAUUGACGGGUAUUAAGUUCAUGAUAGUAGCAGAGCCGUCACAACCAGGCAUGGAAAUUUUUUUGAAGAGAGUAUAUGAUUUAUAUGCGGAUUAUGCAUUAAAAAAUCCAUUUUAUGCGCUGGAAAUGCCUAUUCGAUGUGAAUUAUUCGAAACUAAUUUACAGACAUUGUUGGAAACUGUAGAAAAAUCAGGGAUAAGCAAUGUUUAAUAUUGAUUUACGUGUAAGUUAUUAAUAAAUUAAUUUAAAAUAACUAAUGGAGAUAUAAGAUUGUAAUGACUCCCGCAGA